GUCAAAUUUACCACAGUUUUUAAAUUUUAUGUUGCACCGGUAAAAAAUUAGAAAAAAAAAUGUUUCAAGGAUUUCAGAAAAAGAAGCCUAAGCUUUCACAUCACGGAUCAAAAGAGGCUGAUGAUAUAUACCACUCAUCAAGUAAUGAAUCUGGGUCACUGAAGGACAGUAAAGAUGGCAGUGAAAGGUUUAAGCAGCUGUAUGAAGUGUAUUUUGUUGGCAUUGUUCCAGAUAUUGUCAUGAGUCAUUCUAUAACACGAGACAGAGAGGCCCAACUGGUGGAUAGAAUAGAGGAAUCUCAGAUUGAGGGAAAGUUACCAAUAUCCCCACAGGAAGAUGAUAAAGUAAAGAUUAGUGUCUCAAUACAUGGUGUCAAAGUCUUAGACAUGAAAGCACAAGAAGUUUUGCAGCGCCAUCCAUUACAUACAAUAGCACAGGUUGUACAGUACAGUGACGGAGGAAGUGUGAAUAACAUUGCCUUUAAAAUUGGAAAUGUCAACAAAUCUGUGUUCAGUGCAUAUGUGUUUGAAUGUCUUUCAGAGGAACAAGCACAAAUGAUUUGUCAAAAUGUGAGAGCAAUGUUCGACAAAAUCACAGAAAAGAACAGAUGAAGUUAAAGACAUUAUAUUUUACGAUAAAGCUUCCUGUGAUAAUAGAUAUAGGCAAUGGUGCUUACUUUUAAUAAAUGCAAUAUUACAUUCAUAAUCACAAUCAAUGUGAAAACUUGUUUAUUGUCAGAAACAAAGUCAUAUAAUAUAUAUGUAUAUUGUAUUGUUACUGUGAUUUUGACUGAAGCCAUUGGUGACUAUCUUUUUUGGAAGAUUUGACUAUGCUGGUUAGAGCAACAUUAAGUGUGAAAAUAAGUGCUAAAAUGACUCAAGUAUAAUUAUGUUAAGAAAACAUUAUCUGAGUAAUUCAUUGGAACAGUUUAUGUGUAAACCAAAUUAAGCAUAUAUAUUAUGGUAUUUACAUGACUUGGAGCUUGGUAAGCAUUAAUUUUGGUCUCACACAACCUGUCAUCAAUUUGUAUAUGUAAUUAUAUUUUAUUUUCUACAUUGCAGGAACAUGUAUUAGGAUUAUUGAUUAAAUGAUAGGAAAAAUGAAACUAUGUUUAAUGUAAUGGUUGGGACUGAUAAAAUAAUAUUAAAUCCUAUAGAGCAUGGCUGAAAGGUUUUGCUCACUGAUGAAUGUGAUUGAUAUGAUAAUAUUAUAACCUAUUGACUAUGGCUGAAUUUUAAUGGUCACUAAUUCUAAUGAUGUAACUAGUAUGGUAAUAUUCAAGCCCAUGGCUAAGUGGCUAUCUUUACUGAUGAAUAUGACUGGUAUCAUAAUGUUUCAGCCAAUUGAUUAUCGCUUAGAGGUUAUAGUCACGGAUGGAUCUGACUGAUAAAAUGACAUUAAAGCCUAUUAACCUAUUAGAAGUUAUGACUUAGAAACACUUGCUUCUCAUUGUUGUAGAGUCAGAUCUCUAAGUUUUCCUAUAUUUAAUGUGAAGAGCUAUCCAAUCAGCUUACUGACAUAAAAGUCAGUGGUUUGAAUCAGGCACUCGCUUCCGCAUAAGUUAUUCAGAGAGAGACUAGUGCUUUGUUCUUCAAACAGUAUAGCUGGAAUGUGUCAAAUAUAUAUGUAUAUAAAUGUACCUUUAAAGUGUUGGUGUGAAUGACAUCAAAUUAUAAAAGCUUAUUUAAAUUAUCAUAUAGUAAUUGUUUAAAGUUAUAAUAUAAAUAAAUAUCUGUUGUUUUCAAAGACAUAAAUGUAAUGGAAACCUAACAAAUGCAGGACACUAGCCAAUCUCUCAUGAACUUGACAAUCUGUCAUGAAAUUUCAACUGUUUCAAUUAUAGAAGAAAACCCUGAAAAGUUUCAAAAUGAAGCAUUCAUAAAUCUAAGUGAAACAAAAUUCAAUAUGUGUUGCUUGUGUAUUGGUCUUUUUAGGUUUGUUAUGAUGUGGGUUCAUGUGGGUUAUUACUUGUAUUACACUUUAAAUGUUUAUAAACUAUUACGAUAAUAUUAGUUAUGCACAUCUAUGGAAAUAUCUGUUUUGUAUUUGUAUAUAUAGAAAAUAUAUAUUUCUAUUUUUACACUUGUUAUUUAUAGCAAAUAAUGUAAAUAAGUACAAUGCUAAUUAAAGGAUAAUAAAAGAGAAAAUUU